UGUCUACUUUCAAUCUUAUAUCAUCUAUUUAAAUUAAAUAAAAGGUUACUUAUUUACCAAAUUACUCCAACAUGAAUUAAGAAUUUUCGUUUACCCCCCCCAAAAAAAUUUGACUUACUUUGGUUCGUGGAAGCCACAAAAACACAUGGGGUUUCACAAUAUUAUAUUAAUUGAGUACAACUUAAUUACUAGUUUAAAUACAAUUUAAAGAUGUUAAUCUUUCUCUAAUUACCCUCUCUAUAUAAACCAACACACCACCAUCUUUCAUUUUAUCUAUCUACUUCAACACAAUCACACAUUCAAGAAAAAGAAAUAAAAAAAAAAUCAAAUCAUGGCACAAAUAGCUACAAUCCUCUCUCUCCUCAUGAUCCUAACCCUAGUUCGGGCCGAACGGCCCGUUAUCCACCGUCAGUCACGGGCCCGUGCUUUCAUCCAAUCACAAUGCCAGACCACGCUCUAUCCUGAUUUAUGCAUCCGCUCGUUAUCAUACUACGCGGUUAAUUUCACAACAACCCUAAGCCACCGAAAACUAGCCCAAUUUGCGGUGAAGGUGAGCCUAGCCAAGGCCGAGUCAACUCGGGCCUAUAUUACGGGAGUAGCUAAUCACUUAAACCAAACAAAGGAUAAGGGCUACUUAUCCGUUAGGGAGUGUUUGGAUCGAAUCAACGAUGGGGUCGAUCUACUCACGAAUUGCAUUAAAGAGGCCCAAAAGAUUAAGGAAGAUGGAGGAAAUAAUAAUGAUUUCCCGUGGCGCGCGAGUAAUAUCCAAACGUGGAUGAGUAGUGCCCUAACUGAUGUGAGUGUUUGCGUUGACGGGUUUUCGGGCCGGGCCUUAGGGGGGAAGACGAAGGCGAUGAUUAAAGCUAAGGUUCUUAAUCUUCAGCAACUUACAAGCAUUGCCCUAGCCUUGUUCAAUAGAUUUGCAGCAAGAUAUAGAUCAACUCAUGUGGUCAUAAAACCCUAAUUCAUUCUCUAUAGGGAUGAAUAUAUUGGAUUAUUUAAUUUGUUUAAUUUACUAAUUAGCUUUAAUUAAUAUAAAUU